AUGGAGAGAUUGAAGCUCUAUAAGAGAAGGGGAGAAGAAGACAUCGUGGCUCAAUUCUUGGUCGUAUAUAAAGAUAGACAACGACUGCAAGGCCACGAAACACUGUUCAAAGAUUAUUUUAAAGAAAAUCAUGUUCAUGAAGAAGUUGUAUUUUGGAGAAGGUUUCGGAUGCAUCGAGCUCUUUUUCUUCAAAUUCUCACUGUAGUAAAAGCUCAAGACUCAUAUUUUGUUCAAAAAAGGGACUCAUCAGGACGUCUUGGGCUAUCAUCUCUACAAAAAGUUACCGCUGCAAUGAGGAUGCUUGCGUAUGGAAUUGGGGCAGAAAUUGUGGAUGCCUAUCUUAGAAUCGGUGAAAGCACUGCAAUUGAAGCUAUGAAAAGUUUUGUCCAAGCUGUUAUCUCUGUAUUUGGAGCUGAAUGCUUAAGAAAGCCAACUUCUGAUGAUAUUUCCAGAUUGCUAUUGAUUGGUGAGAGUCGUGGAUUUCCUGGAAUGCUUGGUCGAGCCUCUCCAGUCACUUAUAAGAUUAAUGAUCAUGAUUACACAAUGGGAUAUUAUCUAGCCGAUGGCAUAUAUCCUUCAUGGGCCACUUUUGUCAAAACCAUUCCAUGUCCACAAGGAGAGAAAGCAAAGAAUUUUGCUAAAGCUCAAGCGGGAUGUCGGAAAGAUGUAGAACGAGCAUUUGGAGUGCUGCAAGCACGUUUUGCAAUUGUUCAUGGACUGGCUCGUUGUUGGGAUCGUGAAACACUUCAAAAGAUCAUGAAAGCAUGUUUUUUCAAAACACUUCAAAAGUUUGAUGUUUUUUUCAUAUACCAUUUAGGAGUUGUAAGUUAUGAUCUUGUUUGGGGGGAGAAGCAAAAGCGGAAACUGUGAGAAGC